AGGGCAUCCUAAGGUCGGGAUCCAGACUGCGCUCGGCGAUCGCUGGAAGAGAGUGAUGGGCAGCGGCUCGGCGGGGUCCCUCUAGAGGAGGCGGGACUUCCGCAGAAAACUUGAUUGGGCCUCCUGGUGACGGCAACCGCGUGGAGGCGCAAGAAAGGCUGGCACUGGAGAGGGAGGGGUCCACGGUUUGUUGGCUGCCGGGCUGCAAAUCCGGCCGAGGGCCUAGAGGUUGCGGGAGAGCUCUAUGGGCGGAGCGAACCAGCCUGCAGGUCCCGGGAAGGAUCCGCAGAGCCUAGGGUCCCCACAUCAGGGCUAGAAGGAGCCCACGAGUUACCUAGGGAUCUCUGGGAACUGCCCCGUGACUGUUCCAGAAGAUGCCGUACCUUGGCUCCGAGGACGUGGUGAAGGAGCUGAAGAAGGCUCUGUGUAACCCUCACAUUCAGGCUGAUAGGCUGCGCUAUCGGAAUGUCAUCCAGCGAGUGAUUAGGCACAUGACUCAGGGCCUGGACAUGUCUGGCGUUUUCAUGGAAAUGGUGAAGGCCAGUGCCACUGUAGAUAUUGUUCAGAAGAAGUUGGUUUAUCUCUACAUGUGUACCUAUGCCCCCCUGAAACCAGAUCUGGCUCUCCUGGCCAUCAAUACACUGUGCAAAGAUUGUUCGGACCCUAAUCCAAUGGUUCGAGGGCUGGCGCUACGCAGCAUGUGUAGCCUCAGGAUGCCUGGUGUGCAGGAAUAUAUCCAACAGCCAAUUCUCAACGGUCUGCGGGAUAAGGCUUCGUAUGUCAGGAGGGUAGCAGUCCUUGGUUGUGCCAAGAUGCAUAAUCUUCAUGGAGACUCUGAAGUGGAUGGUGCCCUGGUAAACGAAUUAUAUAGUUUGCUGCGUGACCAGGAUCCAAUUGUGGUUGUGAACUGCCUGAGGUCUCUAGAAGAAAUUCUGAAACAGGAAGGAGGUGUUGUCAUCAAUAAGCCCAUCGCCCACCAUCUCUUAAAUCGAAUGUCGAAACUGGACCAAUGGGGCCAGGCUGAAGUAUUGAACUUUCUGCUACGCUACCAGCCCCGCAGUGAGGAGGAGCUGUUUGACAUUCUCAAUCUGUUAGACAGUUUUCUCAAGAGCAGUAGCCCAGGUGUGGUGAUGGGAGCCACCAAACUCUUUCUGAUCCUGGCCAAAAAAUUCCCCCAUGUGCAAACCGACGUGCUUAUGCAAGUCAAGGGGCCUCUGCUGGCUGCCUGUUCUUCAGAGAGCCGCGAGCUCUGUUUUGCUGCCCUCUGCCAUGUGCGCCAGAUCCUGCACAGUUUGCCGGGUCACUUUAGCAGCCACUACAAAAAGUUUUUUUGCUCCUACUCGGAGCCCCACUACAUCAAGCUCCAGAAGGUGGAGGUGCUGUGUGAGCUGGUGAACGACGAGAACGUGCAGCAGGUGCUAGAGGAGCUUCGAGGGUACUGCACUGAUGUGUCCGCCGACUUCGCACAGGCUGCCAUCUUUGCCAUAGGUGGCAUCGCCAGGACCUACACAGAUCGAUGUGUGCAGAUUCUAACAGAGUUGCUGGGGCUUCAACAAGAGCACAUUACCACGGUGGUGGUGCAGACUUUCCGAGACCUGGUUUGGUUGUGUCCUCAGUGUACGGAAGCUGUGUGUCAGGCCCUGCCCGGCUGUGAGGAGAACAUUCAAGACAGUGAGGGGAAACAGGCACUCAUUUGGCUACUCGGUGUCCACGGGGAGAGAAUCCCCAAUGCUCCUUAUGUGUUGGAAGACUUCGUAGAGAACGUGAAGUCAGAGACGUUUCCAGCUGUCAAGAUGGAGCUGCUCACGGCUCUGCUGCGCCUCUUCCUCUCUCGACCCGCCGAGUGCCAGGACACGCUGGGCCGUUUGUUAUACUACUGCAUAGAGGAAGAAAAGGAUAUGGCAGUACGGGACCGAGGUCUCUUCUAUUAUCGCCUCCUCUUAGCUGGCAUCAAUGAAGUGAAACGGAUCCUAUGGAGCCCUAAAUCUGACCCUUCUCUCAGACUUUUGGAGGAUCAGGCAGAAAGACCUGUGAACAGCUGGGCCUCGGACUUCAACACGCUGGUGCCAGUAUAUGGCAAAGCCCGCUGGGCAACCAUCUCUAAAUCUAAAUGCCAGGGAGCAGAACGUCUUGGCUCAGAGCUUCCUAACACUGCAUCCUUUGCCACAUCAGGACCCCUGAUUCCUGAAGAGAACAAGGAGAGGGUCCAAGAACUCCCUGAUUCUGGAGCCCUCAUGCUAGUCCCCAAUCACCAGCUCACUGCUGAGUGCUUUGAGAAAACUUGGCUGAGCCUCAAAGUUGCUCAUCAGCAGGUGUUCCCAUGGCAGGGGGCCAUCCAUCCCGACACCCUCCAGAUGGCCCUGCAAGUCGUGAACAUCCAGACCAUCGCAAUGAGCAGGGCUGGGGCUCAGCCGUGGAAAGCCUACCUCAGCGCUCAGGAUGACACUGGCUGUCUGUUCCUAACAGAACUGCUGUUGGAGCCCGAGAACUUGCAAAUGCAGAUCUCAGUGAAACAAAACGAAGCCAGGACGGAGUCACUGAACAGUUUUAUUUCUGUAUUAGAAACUGUGAUUGGAACGAUUGGAGACAUAAAAUCAUAACAGCUUCUUGCCUGGCCUGACUGAGAUGAAUAGCUAUCAGAGUCCCUUAGUUUUUCUUAUUAUAGCUGCCUGUAAGUCCAGAUAAUAUCAAAUGCAAAGGAGAGUGGGAAUCUGGGAAUGAGGAUUCUUACGUUUUUGUCCAAAUAUCAUUGACGUAUUCCUCUCAUACCUAUUGGUGAAUGACCUCAUUUUUCCAGGUGAUGUAGUAAAGGUUAAUGUUGUUGGUAGGGGAGUGGGAAUGGGGUGAGGGUAGGAUUUGUAUUCUUUUCUAAUCAGUUUAAGGGAUUAUUUUACUAAUUAAAGAUGCCUGAUGUGUCUGGAAACUGACAGGCUCAUCAUCUGUGGGGGUCAUCUUUUCUUCCCUGGGUUAUUGCAGUAAAUUCCUUGCUCUUCUUGUAUUUCUAAUCAUGCUUUUUUAGGCCAGAGUUCAAAGUCCUUAGCAUGACAUCUAAAGUACUUCUUCAGUGCCAUAACGCAGCACUUCUUAGAAUACCCUCUCUGUUCUGGCAAAAGCAAGCCACUUGCAGUUCCCUGAAUAUCCUGGGCUCACUGUCACCUCUUGCUUUGGCACCUGCUUUUAUUUCUUGCCUAGAACAUUUCCUCACCCUCGUAUCUUCUUUAAGUAACACCUAGUCUAUCUUUCAGUAUUCAGCUCAGGCAUGGGCUCUUUCAGGAAGUUUUCUGUGACCCCCACUGCCUUCAUUAGGGGUCUUGUUCAAGAUGUGAAAACAGUCAGUGCAUAUAUCUAGCAGCACUAUUGUAGUUGUUUUCUUGUCACUCUUUCUCAUGUUUAAUUUUAUUCAUACCUGACCAUGUUUUAUACAUUGAGACAACUUAUGGCAAAAACAGUUGCAAUAAAGUUAUGGUAAAGUAUAAAUAACCAGAGAAUCCCGCACAGGAAAAAUAAAAAUACCUGUUAAGACCAACUGGGUUGGGACUUCUCUGGUGGCACAGUGGUUAAGAACCUACUUACCAAUGCAGGGGACACGGAUUCGAUCCCUGGUCCAGGAAGAUUCCACAUGCUGCAGAGAAGCUAAGCCCACGGGCCACAACUGCUGAAGCCCACUCACCUAGAGCCUGUGCUCUGCAAAAAGAGAAGCCGCCGUGAUGAGAAGCCCAUUCACUGCAAUGGAGAGUAGCCCCUGCUUGCCGCAACUAGAGAAAGCCCACACGCAGAAACAAAGACCCAACACAGGCAAUUAGUUAAUUAAUUUUUUUAAAAAAGACCAGCUGGGUUAGGGGUGGGAAAGUAUACAAAUACUCAGAAUGAAAGGGCCUAUGUAGCUGAUGUAGUUGAGCCUCAGAUUUAGCUCUGUAAGUGGCAGUCAGGAUAAAGAGAAAUGGCUGUAUAGUUGUCACCAGAGAGGAAGAAACAUUUCAAUUCUAAUUUCUAAAAGAAAUGUACAUGUAGUUCACAUGGAUGGCACUGAGUGAUACGUAGAAUAUUCCUAUGGGAAGUUAGUAAAGAGUUUCAUAUGAUUUUCUUAUGGUGUUCUUCAGUACAAGCAGAGAAUGUAACUUUAGUAUGGAGCUUAGUGAGAGCAUUUCUUCAAGAACUAAAGAUACUGUGACCCAAAUAUCAUCCAGCUUAAUUCAAGGACUUCUACCUAGAUACAUAGAUGGACUGCAUAUCCUUCGAAUAAUGCUUCAUCCAUCAUUUCUCUCAACUAAGCUUUUAAUAGGAGUAGAUAACAGUGCUGAAUUUUCUGGCAAGGGCCUGGGUUUUGUGAAUUGUCUGUCUCCACCAGACAAUUUCUUAGGACAGUGAUUAUCUUUCUUUCCUUCUGUCUCUACAGUGCCUACCACAUAGUGAUUACUCAAUAAAUAGUGUUGAAUGAAUGGCUGUAAGUAUUUAGAAUCUGAUGGGGUUUGGAAAUUGGUGUUUGAAAGGUGUUUUGUAAUAUCGUAUUGACCGUAUAGAAGAUAAUCGAUGGAAUUCCAUCUAGACUAGGGUUUCUCAAAAGUGGUACUACUGACAUUUGGGGCCAUAUAAUUCUUUGCUGUAGAGGGUUGUCCUGUGCACUGUAGGGUAAUCAUUAGCAGUAUCUCUGACCUAUACCAUUAGAUGCCAAUAGAACCCCCAGUUGUGACAACUAAAACUGUCUUCAGGCAUUGCCAAGUUACUGUGGGGGUCAAAAUCGCCCCCAGUUGAAAAAGACAGAUCUAGACCAUGGACCCCCAGGGACUGGAAGUAGGGGGAUCAGAACAGCUUCAGAAUUGCUUUCCAUAUUUUGACUUGUUCAGUUAAACCGUGAAUGUUUAAUUAGGCACUAAAACAAAAUCGAAGUGUUAAGUGCUGCCAGUUUUAAGUGUUGCAAGGGAACAGGAGGUAAGUGGCAGAAAUUGAGUAAACUGAUUGACAUUUAAAAAAAUUAAACACUGUAAUUGAAAUAUUGACCUAAAGAAAAUUAGGUACAGCUCCGCAAUUGAAUGUUACUAAAGUGAUCCCAACUAUUGGAGCUUUUAGAAGAUUAAGCUCUAUUUGGUUGCUUUCCUGUAAAGUAAAGGUCUUAGCAGAAUGUGAAACUAUUGCUUUUGAAAAGUGUAAUUUUAAAAUGAUCUCAGUGAGGAACUGAUGUCUCUUAACCAUAGCCUGGUUUUACUAAUUCACAAGUAAAAUGAUUAAAGCUUAAGUAUACCAUGAAGUUAAUUAUUUAAUAUUUCUUCUCCCUAGGAGCUCUCUAGCUUCUGCAGAUAUAUGGUUUGAGGAUAUAAGUAGAUGCUUACCUUUAAGAUCCGUGAGGGUAGCUGAUACUGUGCUUUUGGAAAAAUGGCCUUCGAAUGUCUGUCUUAGUUGGUAAAUAGUAACGCAUAUAAUGUGUGCCCACCAAUGACAGUGGUGCUUUAGAACAUCACAGAGGCAGUCAUUUACAUAGUUCCUGACGAUAAUUCUACUGCUGUGGACCAGCGGCUGCUAAAUGCCUCCAUUCCCUCCUUCUCCUUUUUGAAUGGGAAUUCCGUUACAAUUAUUCUAUCCCUUUCUCAUAUAUUGAUGUUUGGGGGAGGGGAGACGAAGAACUUUUUUUCUUAGUUAUAGGUCUUCACGUUGAGAGGAGGUAUACCCCAGGAUCCUCACUCACAUGCAGACCUGGUGCAGAUGACAAGAUCCUGGAUUCUGAGCCAAUGAUAUAAUGAGAUGAGGCUUCGGGAAAGGGAUAUAAAUUGUUAUGGCCAGAGGAGCAAGAGAAGCAAGUGAUAGUGAAAAAAUUCUGGCCUCAUUUUUCAGUAAUAAUUAAGAGUACAGUAUUUGGACUGCAAGAGUGAAGGGUAUGUGGGCUGACGGGGAAGGGAAGGGACUAUUGGGAGGGUGCUACAUUGAAGGCCCAGAGAGAAAUAAAGGAAGAAAUUUUACCCCUCAUUGCUCAUGAAAGGUAUACCCUGUUUCUAUAGCCUUCCAACACUGAUUGUACAAGAUAAUGCAAAAGAGAGAUAAGACUAUACCAAGAUUAGAUUCCCGAGAUGGCAUUUGCCCAUAAGCUUAUCAGUAGCAAAAUGAGGAAGGUGGUUUAUUAUUGUGGGAAAAGGUUUAUUAUUAAUGGUAAGACAUACUUGGUUUUAAAUUUCUAUUCUGCCACUUACUGAUGCCACUUACCUUGGGCAAGCUAUUUAACACCAGUUGAAUAGUAUCUUAUAAUUUUUCGUUGUUUUGUAUAUUAUUUUGGGAGUAUGUCAUAAAUGUACUUGUUGGAAUCCUUAACUUGUCAAUGGCUCACUCUAGUGUGAAAGGAGGUUGGCCUAGAAUUACCUUUGACAGAGGUCUGAAGAUUACUUAGUAGAAACCAAAGUUUCAGCCCUAGUGAUAGAUAAUGACAAUAAAACUGGCCCUUUAGCUACAUAAUUCCUGUUCCUAGUCCAAAAGGAAUUUAUGACCAUUUGUGGAUUUCUUAGAAUGGAAUAGAGAGCAGAAGAAUGGCUCUGACUAUUUUGCAAGCUAGAAAUUCCACUUUGGACAACUAACUUAACUGUUUAUGCUUGAAUCUCUUACUAGUUCACCAGGUCAGAAUACUUGGAAGGGCUGAUAGGUUCGAGUGCUGCUUCUAAGAUACAAACCCAAAACCUAGGUGUAGUUACAUUAAGAAGGCAGCCACUAAGGGUAAGUGUCCAAUCCUGAGAACCUGUAAAACAACUAUGGAGUCCAAACCUCUUAGGAAAAUCCCAGGUAAUUCUAUUAGAGAGUAUAUCCCAGAUCCCUUUCAUCGUGGUCAUUAGAUCUUGGGCUAAAAGGAAGAUAUUUAACACUUACUACGUGUCACAUACUGCUGGGUCAUUCCAUAUAACAUUAUCUUAUUUAAUCUUCACUGUUUCCCUGUGAAAUACUUUGUGUUAUCCCUAUUUACAAUUCCUCAAAUGCUCAAAUUUUUAUUCACCUUCUCAGUUUUUAUAUAUCCUAUACCGUCCAUCUGGAAUGGUCUUAUUCCUACUCUUUGCCUAAUGAAUCCCUACUUGUCCUUCAGAGCUCAUCUCAGAUGUAACUACUCAAGGAAGCCUUCCUUACCCUCAGAAAAGUGAAACUUGGCCAUAAACAUCUAAAAUGAAGAAACCCCGAACUUUUGAGGAGCAAACGGAAUGCAUAGUGAACUCUCUACUCACAGACUUCUUGGGUCCCACUUCACAGGUUGCUAACCGGGCCCUACC